GCUCAAAUGUUCAAAACAGUUUUUAGUGAUAAUCUGGUUGAUUAUUCUUAAGUUAGUUUAAUAUAAUAAUAAUAUGAAUAAAGCAAUGCAAUUAUAUAUGCUAAAAACGAUAUGCUGUAUACUGAUUAUCAACGUGACAUUCUGUAGCAGUUGCUUUAAAUCAAUAUGUAAAGCUCGUUGUUACUUCAAGCAUAAUGGAUUCGACUUUGGUUAUUGUGAAAAUGGAAUUUGCAAGUGUGCGCCACCGGUGAUUUAUGUUUUUGAUGGCAUCGGUCGCGAUUUAAGCGACGAAUAUAUAGACAUUUCAUUAAAAAAUAACAAUGUUAUCCAAGAAUUGAAACAAACAUCAAGACCUUCAAAAUUGUAUACUUCAGAUGAAAAUAAGAAAUAUAUGAUUUGGAGAAAAAUUGUUGAAAUAAUUAUUGAAAAAUAUCCGUUUAUUAAAGAAGAAAAUCUCAAGGAUCUAAAAGCAAAAAUCUUUAACAAUUUGUCAGACUUAAAUAACUUUUAUUUAAGUCUUCAGAAUACAUUAGUAAUAGCGUUAAAUGAAAUGAAAGAAAAAAUUCCAAAUUCAUCUAAAGAAUCUAAUGAUCUUUUAAAUCUUAUAUUGCAACAUCAAAAGAAAAACGGUGCUGACAACUUAAAACUUAAAUAUGUCACUAUAAUUAACGAAGAUCCAAAUUUACCAUUGCUACAAGGUACUAAACUAUCAGCGACAGCUCAGACAGAAAACACAUUAACUAAAGCUUCACCUCGAAAUUUUAAAUCUAAUAAAUGUGGUGUUGCUAGAAAAACACCAAGUGCUAAUCUUAAUGAACAACAAAAUAUUAAUUUAAACAGUAAUCAAUUACAACCAAAACCUAAUACUAAACAAACGGCAUACAAAAUGGAUAAGACAAAAGACCAAAUAUUCGUUGAACUAUCAUCUGAAACUGUUGAAUAUUAUGAUAGUUACGAACAAUCUGAUAAAGAAAUUAAAAAAGACAACUCUAAAAAAUCUCAAACUUCAAAUAAUGAUAAAAUUGACAAAAAGCUCCCUACUGUCAAAAAAGAAAAUAUUGAUAAUAAUCAAUCUUAUGAAUCGCAAUCGGGAUCUGAAUCAUAUGAGUCGUUCGAAGAAGAAACCCCUGCAAAGGCUAAUGUUGCUCUAGGUACCUCAAAUAAAUGAAUAAAUGUUGUCUACACGUUAAACUAUAAAAACAGAUAAAAUAACUUUUAAAUUAAAACUUUUA